AUUCAACCUCCAAAUGUGUGUGUCAGUGUGUGUGUCACAUGGUAUAUGUAGGAGCCUGAGUUUGUGUGUUUGAGUAUAUAUAAAUACACAUAGUGGUGGUGGAUUGCGGUGGCAGAUGGCGGAGUUCACACAUUUGUUGGUGGUUAAGUUCAAGGAAGAGGUGGUGGUGGAGGAUAUUAUCAAAGGAUUGGAGGAGCUUGUUUCUCAAGUUGAUAUUGUUAAAUCCUUUGUUUGGGGAAAGGAUAUUGAAAGUAUGGAGAUGUUAAGGCAAGGAUUCACACAUGCUUUCAUGAUGACUUUUGGCUCCAAAGAUGAUUUCACUGCUUUCCAAACUCACCCAAAUCACAUGCAAUUCUCGGCCACAUUUUCAGCAGCAAUCGAAAAAAUUGUGCUUCUUGAUUUCCCGGUUGUUGCUUUCAAGACCCCACAGUAGCCGGUGUGCAUGGUAUUUGACAAUUUGAAACGAUUUAGAGGUUUUCUAAAUCGGAAGAAUUAAGAAAUUUUAUUAUGUGAAGUCUAUGUGUUCUAGUUUAAUGUGUGUUUUCUUUUUUGAGAUUUGAUUAUUGUAUGAGGAACUCUUGUGGAUUCUUGAAUGAACCAAGAUGGACCGGUUCGGAAUAAUUACAAUUUCAAUGCACAAGAUAUAUUGGUGUAUUCCAUGUAUUUAAUUAGAAUAAUAUGUGUAUUAUGGUUGUAAUUAUCUUGCUUAAAAUUGGCU